UGGAAGUCCGAGGACAUUCAGGCAGUGGGCUCCACGACUCACACUCAGCGACUAGCAGAUUCGUUCCUCUAGUGGAGCCCACCUCUCGCCCCGCUGGACGCGGGAGCUCGCGGGAGGCUUCCGGCGCGCGGCAUUGUGGACAUCGUAGUCCGCUCGCCACUGCCCGCUGCGUGCACGCGGCUCCCGGGACUACGUUUCCCCUCGGUCUCCGCGCGCCCCGAGCCGCGUCGACGCCAGCCCCCGGUGAGCCGAGAGUCUCCAAGAUGGCCGCAUGGGGAAGGAGGCGUCUGGGUCCGGGCGGCGGCGGCUCCCGAGAGAGGGAACCAACAGUAUUUGUAAUGAAGAACAUCAGACUCUGAGCUGUAACCUGAAUUCUUGUUCAAAAUUGAGCAUACUGGCAGCGAGCACAGCAAACAGAUUGCCAUUUGUCCUGCCGGCGUCUUUGAGGCACAUUUGCCCAUCUAGGAACACAGAGCAGGUAUCUGUGUUCUGCCACCUGUGUGCCAGCCUGGACCAGCUCUCAGACAGACAGCCCUGCCUAUCCUUUCUUGGGAUACUUGGUGCUGCUCUCAGGGCCCCUGAGCAUCCCUGAGUUCUCCGUGAUUGUUGGAAUGGUAAGCCUGUCGGCCACAGACUGCUACAUAGUGCAUGAGAUCUACAGUGGGGAGAAUGCCCAAGACCAGUUUGAGUAUGAGCUGGAACAGGCGCUUGAAGCCCAGUACAAGUACAUUGUGAUUGAGCCUACCCGCAUUGGAGAUGAGACAGCACGUUGGAUCACUGUGGGCAACUGCCUGCACAAGACGGCUGUGCUGGCAGGCACUGCUUGCCUCUUCACCCCAUUGGCACUGCCCCUGGAUUACUCCCACUACAUCUCCCUGCCUGCCGGUGUGCUGAGCCUGGCCUGCUGCACCCUCUACGGGAUCUCCUGGCAGUUUGACCCUUGCUGCAAGUACCAGGUGGAGUAUGAUGCCUAUAAACUGUCCCGCCUGCCUCUGCACACGCUCACCUCCUCCACACCAGUGGUGCUGGUCCGGAAGGACGACCUGCACAGAAAGAGACUGCACAACACAAUAGCACUGGCUGCCCUGGUGUACUGUGUAAAGAAGGUUUAUGAGCUCUAUGCCGUAUGACUGCAGGAGAGUGGGACAUGGAGCAGAAUCACAUGGCCCACAGGACAGAGGACUCAGAUUGCUCCAGCAACACUUUGGGCUUGCUCUGUGAGGCAGCAGUGCCUAGGAUGGUGUUUGGUUAAUACUUGUUAUUUUUUAAAAAUAACAGAUCAUGGGUAUACCAGGGGUUUAUUCAGCUCAUUACAGUACUAAGACAUCUAUUUCCAUAACCCAGGAGUGGAUCCUAGGCUGUGGAAGUCAGGCUGGGCAAUGGAAUGUGGAUGGAAGCCAGUGCUACUUCCUGAGGGGGUUGUGAACAUGCUUGGGGGGAGGGUGUCUCUAAAUAUAUUGUUUAACUAUACCAUUCAGAAGCCAACCAGAAACGAUUGACCAUUAAAAUUAUGAGAAUUUCAA